AUUGACUGCGCCAUUCAUGCAUAAUCAAGUGACAUGGUGGUUGGAGACGAAUAUGGCUGGGAUCAUGGUUAUUUUGAUUGGGCCCUUCGAACUACCCUUCCUCGGUGAACGGAUUGAAGAGACGAGAUAGGAAACUGAAACGGCUUACCCGGAUGGUAACUCUCCAAGCUGUUUGUAGAUCACUCCCUUGGACGUUUCCUUGGUAAAGUAGUCAAUUGUCUUAGUUGAGGCUCUUAUCUACUACUAGGUAGUCGAGCCAUCCCCACGUUUGGCAUUCUCAACAGUCUGGACAGCCCCCUUCCAGGAUGGACCCUAUUAGCAUCACGAUGGCCGUAAUUUCCGGCUUUCAAAUAGUCUAUCUAACUUCUAGGUUCAUGUAUCAUGAGAUCUUGAGGGCGAAAGGGUUUCACGAUGGAAGGGCCCACAUGGCCAAGAAUUACCGAUAUGAGAUUGUGCGAUUGAAAGUGUUCUGGAUGGUUUUCACUCGCGACGUGAGGGGAACUACAGACAUUGCCUCGCUUAAGGGCCUAUCUCGGGAAAUCCUAGAGCUUAUCCUCACAACGGUGCUGGACAUUGGCGCUGCGCUGAGUCCUUACUCACAAGUCGCUAGCCAGCUAAGCGAAGAGUACCAGAAAUACUAUACCCAAAGAUCUCUUCUUGCAAAAGAUGCUAAGGGGACCACGAUAGAACUCCCUCUCGAUCUUGAUGACGCCAUCUACCCGAUUGACCAAGCACUCAAAGAUGGGAACUCUGCUCUUCAUGGGCCGUCAACUUCAAAUGCUGAAGAGCCGUCUAACAAGACUAGUUUUUUCCGAGGCCUUUUCGGCGGAGGAACUAACAGCAGGAGACCGGGAAAGCAGCCAUCUGUAAUCCUGCAAGCUAAAUUUAAAGAAUUGCCAGAAGCCAUCGCUUGGUGCUUUCAGGAACGUCAGUUGAAUAAGUCGCUUAAGAUUCUGCAGAGUAAACUUGACGAGCUCGACUUCUUGUCCCCUAGUCUAGUCUCAAGCCUUGAUCGAAGCAGCACAAUUGGUCGCAAAGUAGACACUGACACGACCUUCAGAGGAUUCAAGGGUCACAUGGUGCUCCAGCAAAUGGCGAGAGACUACGUCAAUGGCGUGCCAGGUACCGGUCAAUCCCCCAUCGAAUGGAAGGUUAUGAAGAGAUAUAUCGAUAGUUCCGAAGAGCGUUCAUCCAAGAUCUUGGUUGAACAGAAGGAGACAGGGAACUUCCCACGCGAAAGCAUGGAAGCCGCCGCGGUUCAGGAAAGAGAGGAAGAGAAGAAAUAUGCACCACAGUUGGCCAGUCUGCUGGUGUCUUCAGGUAAAGACUAUUUCGAUGGGAACAAGCUAGGGACACUUCCGUUCAAGGGUUUCUCGAAAGACCCGACGGUGCCCAACGGUUGUUUUUACUUUGCCUUCGAGUAUCCUGAAGGCGUUAUUGACCGGAAGCCCCUCAGCUUGCAAGAACUUAUUUUGUCAGCACAUGGCCAGCACAAACUAAGUCUGAACGACCGCUUCCACAUUGCUAAGAUGGUUUCGCGAUACUUGGGCACCUUGCACUCAGAUGCGUGGCUUCACAAGAGCAUCCGUAGCCAUGCUGUCAAGUUCUUCUUCCGUAUGACUGACAAGGAGGUCAUACUGGAUACGAACACACCCUAUCUCACAGAAUUUGGCUUCUCACGGCCACUGGACGUAUUUUCUGCAGCCAGAUACUCCGCCAGUACAGCUGUCAAUCUUGAUAGGGAUGUAUACCGGCACCCGCGCCGCUUCGGGCAGCCGAGUCAGAUCUUUAAUAUCACUCAUGAUGUGUAUUCCUUGGGUGUUGUCCUUUUGGAAAUUGGUAUUUGGAAAACAGCGAGGCAGAUAUAUGAUGAGGCUUUUGAGCAUGAACGAACUAAACCCACCGGAGAAGACGUUCAAAAGGCGUUCAUUCAACGUGCCGGGCGAGAGCUCGAACACCACAUGGGUUCCGCGUAUAAGGAUGCGGUCCUAAUGUGUCUCCAGGGAGAGCAGCUCACGAAACAUCUGCACAGGCCGUCUUUCGCUGUCGAGUUCCAGAAGACUGUGCUUCGCAAAGUGGACGCUGUGCUGCUAAGCCCGGAUGGAGCCGUCUUUGACAAUGAUGUUGAUCCUCCCUCAUAUGAUGCUGCCGUCCGAACCUAAUAUGUUAUGGUUAGAGGCUUAUGUAUACAGUUGACCUCUAGUAACCAAAGGUGCCUGAAACUCUUGUUACGCACCCAUAUGAACCAGUUUUUUUUUUUUUUUUUUUUUUCUUUCACAAUUACGUAUACUCGCAUCUAAUUGAGUCUAUGGACAUAUUUUGACAUUUAAUAUCGAGC